GUGAUUGAUGCGGUUUGCCUGCAGCUCGGCUGAAUACCAGUUUACCUUCUGUCUAGAUCGUCGGACGUGACGGCCCCAACAAAACAGCAGAUCAAUAGUCACUCGGCUCCCCGUGUGUACAAGUAGGAAUACCCACGCGCCUUGGGAGGAGGACAGACCUUGGUUGCAUGACGCCAAAUCUGUUAUUCACACGGGUAUUCCGAAAUAUGUCUUGACUUUGACAUCCAAUAAUUCCUUCGAGGCUGUACUCAAAAGCGACCUCUUCGGGCUGACAUAUCAAAUUUGGUUUUCAUGUUUUUGAAAUGCCGAUAUAAAGGCGGAAGCCAAGGUGCGGAACAACACGGCCAAGUCGACAUAUAUCCUCCAGGCUCGGACGCAUCGAUGAUCUACGUCCGUAUUGAAGCCGUGGGAGCAUUCUCAUUCUUGAAUAUUCCUGCCGUCCCCGACGUGUCUCCAUUAACGAGUGCUGGGUUACUAGGCACGAGUGGCUUCCCUUCCGCUUCUUGCACGGUCCAGGAGCAUGUGUCACGACUUCACGUCCGUCCAGGCACAGCCUCAUUAGGGCGAUUCCGUGGAGUUCCGCGGCUCAGACAGCAUGGCCGUGUUCCGAAACUGACCAGUCUGGGACUCAGCAAGCGAUCAUCAUCACAUGAAGGCACGGCCUCGCGUCCAAUAUCCGGGACACAUCAGAGUACGGGAAAUCUGCAAGAAGCGCCGCGGCCGCCAGAUACCGUGCUGUGAUAUCUGCAACCAGCGCCGCGUAGAUCACGUCAGGCGACAAAUCAAAUUUGAUGGGGAGUCAAGGGGCCGGGGUGAUUCCAAUCCAGCGCCAAAGUCCGAACCCCGAAUCAUGCUCUUGGCCAAACCACGCGAAAACAGGAUGGGAGACCUGUCCCAGUGAGCUGAGAGAGUCGUCUAAAACCAAGGACUGGACAGGUAUAUGGGCCAAGCGCGCCUAGGU